AUGUAUGCGUAUAUUUUCCUCAUAGACUUCACUUCGAGAAGAGGAGGCAGCUUCAACUGUGGAGGAGACGGCUUCUACUGUGGAGAAGGCAGCUACUGUGGAGGAGGCAGCUUCUACUGUGGAGGAGACGGCUUCUUAAGCUAUAGAGGAGACGGUGACUUUAAUAUUAAAGGAAACGGCCGCUUCGAUUAUAGAGGAUACGGCAGCUUCAGCAAUGACGGAGGCGGUGGCCCUAAUAUAAGAGAAGGUGGCAGCAUCAACUAUGGAGGAGGCGACAGAUUGAGCAAAAGAGGAGGCGGUGGAGGAGACGGCGGCUAUGUAUUUGAUGGCAUCAACUUUAAAUGA